GUGAUCACGGGCCAGGGCAGCAGCUCCUUCGGCUGCACCUCCCUGGCCGAGCGCGACCGAUGGAUCGAGGAGCUGCGCCGGACAGCACGGCCCAACAAGGACAGCUGCGAGCGCCUGGAGCUGUCCCUGAGCCUGUGGGUGUACGAGGGCCGGGAUUUGCCCCCGCGGCGCCGCCUGCGCUGCCACCUCCAGCUGGACGGGACGCUCUUCGCCCGCACCACGGCCAAGGUGGCGGGCGCCGACGGGGGGCUCUUCUGGGGGGAGCUCUUCCAUCUGGCCGCCCUCCCGCCCGCCCGCGCCCUCACGCUGGCUCUGUGCCGCGACGACCACCCCACCGGGCCGCCGGUGGCCGCGGUGACGGUGCCGCUGGCCGAGCUGGCGGCGGCGCGGCAGCCGCUGGAGCGCUGGUACGCCCUGAACGGGCCCGGCGGCGGCGGCGAGCGGGCGCCGGCGCUGCGGGUGCGCGGGCGGUACCGCGAGGUGCGGGUGCUGCCCAUCGUGCGCUACAAGGAGCUGGCCGAGUUCAUCACCUUCCACUACCGCCAGCUCUGCGCCCGCCUGGAGCCCGCCAUCGCCGCCCGGCACAAGGAGGAGCUGGCCGGCGCCCUGGUGCGCGUCCUGCAGAGCACCGGCAAGGCCAAGUCGUUCCUCAUCGACCUCGGCGUGGCCGAGCUGGACCGGUUCGACGAGCGCGAGGCCCUGAUCUUCCGCGAGAACCCUUGGCCACCAAGGCCAUCGACGAGUACAUGA